GCAGUGCUAGCGCGCGGAGUCAACUGCGCAAGCGCAGAACUGAGAGCCGUCGGUCCCCUCCAGGCACGGGAGUUUUAACGCGCGGGGCACGAAGCGCGGGGCCUCAUGGCGGAAGAGCUACGGCGCGCCGGAGGCCACCAGCUGGGGCUCUGCUUGCUUUGCGGUUUACCUGCCGCGGGUAAAACGACGACGGCGCAGGCCCUGAGCCGGGUCCUGAGGGAGCGCAAAGGGUGGCGCUGCGUCCCCCUCGCUUACGACGACCUCAUCCCUCCGGAAGCGUUCGACCAAUCAAAGGAGAGCUCGGGACAGCGCGAGCAGCAGCCGUUGAUGUCACACUGGAGAUUGUAUCGUCAUGAAUUAUUGCUGUAUCUUGAACAUUUCCUUCAAAAUUUUAUUAAAGGAUGCCAUUAUUCUCCUCCUCCAAACAGAACUGAAACAACAUGGAAAAGGUUUGCCUGCUAUCUGAAAGAACAAGAAUUAAUAUAUCCAAGAACAGGAACUGAAGACUCUGCAUCUUGUCAAUAUUUAAUAGAUUUUAUCCCUCUCAGACCAAUAUAUUUUAUUUUAGAUGACAACUUUUAUUAUCGGAGUAUGAGAUAUGAAGUGUACCAGUUAGCUCGCCAGUAUACCCUGGGCUUCUGUCAGUUGUUCUUAGAUUGUCAGGCUGAUGUUUGUUUAGAGAGAAACAGUCAGAGAAAACAACCAUUACCUGAAGAAACCAUCCAUGCAAUGGUGCAAAAAAUGGAAGUUCCAAAUCCAGAGAAAUACGCCUGGGAGCAGAAUAGCCUCAUUCUGAAGACUACAGAAUGUUCAGUAGAAGAUAAUCUUCAAGUGCUUGAUUUGCUAUCUACUGCUCUGGAAAAUCCAGUGAAACCCCUGGAAGAGAAUACAGAAGUAAAGGAAAUGGAUCGAGCUAUUUGUGCAGCCAGUGUUCUUCAUCAAGCAGACCAGGCCGUCAGGCGAGCUGUCUCUCAGACCAUGAAGACUGCUAAAGAUAAUAACCUUACCCCAAAGGAGAUGAAGAGCUUGGCAGAUGAACUAAAUAUGCUGAAAGUGGAAUUUUUGGAAGAUUUGAGGCAUAGAGAAAAUGAGAAAAAUAACCAAUUGAAUAUGAAUGUAACCUCUUUAUUCAGCCAACAGUCAGAUGGCAUUGUUAAGAAAUAUUUAAGUGAGAAGUAGUAGCAUUUUUAUACAUUCAGUGAAGGGGGAUAUAACGCUGUGGCAUGUGGGUUUGGCAAGAAUACUAGAUAUUGCUGAGAUUUGGCAUCUGAUGUCUCAUUGGAAAAAAAUGAGCCAAUUCCCUCACUCUCUCUGUUCGGACUGACUGCCAAAAAUACCAGUUGUACCAAGAAGCUUCAGGAUCCAUAAGGAGAAGAAAGAUACAGUGAAAUUUACCCUUGCUAUAAUUUGAAAUAUGUCUGCAGCCAGGAUCAUUGACUCAUACAUAUGACCCAGAUGUUAUUAAACUUCAAAGUCCCACCAGCCCCUACUAGCAUGGCUGAAGAUCUAAUGGACGAUGUUAGUUGUAGUCCAACAACUGGAGGGCAAGGGGCAUAGUGGGCAAACAAUGGCUGGAUCUAGACACAUUAAAGAAGCAUUCCAGUUAAAAGCGUUGUAAAUUUAAAUAGGGAAAACAAGUAUUGUAGAUAAAAACGGGACUCUACAAUGCAAUCUGGUGGCACAAUGUUAUAUUGCAUAUGCAAUGCAUAUAAAUCACUUUUUCUUUACCAAUUUGGCUGAGUUGUGUGUGUAACUUUAGCACUGUUAUAAAAUACUGUACAUUAAAGACCAUCAGAAUCAA